AAAGGAAUUCGAAAUAUAUAAUAACUUAAACACCUAUGUCACGUUUUGAAUUGGUUCUCUUCCAAGUCACAUAUGCACAAAAAUACAAUAUAUAUAACUACCCCAAUAAAACACACAUUAAGUAUAAUAGAAGUGAAAGUAAUAUUAAACAAUGGCACCUGCCACUUUCUUCUUCAUAAUAUUAUUGGUGAACUUUUUGGCUACUAUUACCAACUCAUGCAGUGGCUCUAGGCCUAAAUCUUCACCAGAAUUCCCAGCCAUUCUAAUCUUUGGUGAUUCAACUGUUGAUACAGGCAACAAUAACUACAUCCAAACUUUGUUCAAGGGCAAUCAUUACCCUUAUGGGAAAGAUUUCGAGGGUCAUGUUCCAACAGGAAGGUUCUCAAAUGGAAAACUAGUUCCUGACCUCAUUGCCUCAAUGUUAAAGAUUAAAGACACUGUCCCUCCUUUUUUUCAUCCAAAACUAUCUGACAAAGACAUCUUAACCGGCGUCAGUUUCGCUUCUGCUGGAUCGGGAUUCGACGAAUUGACCACUGCUGCAUCUGGGGUUAUCUCGUUUUCAAAUCAAAUUCACUACUUCAAGGAGUACUUGGCAAGACUUGAGAGGAUUGUCGGAGAAAAGCAAGCCAAAAAGAUAGUUGGUAGAGCUCUUGUUAUAGUUGCUGCAGGCACUAAUGACUUCGUUUUUAAUUUCUUUGAUAUCCCCACAAGAAAAUUAGAGUUUAACAUUAGUGGCUAUCAAGAUUUUGUUCUCAAGAGAUUGAUAAGUUAUAUCGAGGAGCUCUAUGACAAUGGAUGCCGUAGAAUAGCUGUAUCUGGGCUACCACCAAUUGGGUGCCUUCCAAUUCAAAGGAGUACACAGCUUUGGAAAGAUCGAAGCUGUGUAGAGGAUCAGAAUAUGGGGGCAAAAACGUACAACCAUAAGCUUGAAAGGGUACUAGCCAAAACACAAGCAAAGCUUCCCGGGACCAAAGUUGUGUAUGUUGAUAUAUACCAGCCAUUGUUUGAUAUGAUCAAUCAUCCAGAUAAGUAUGGUUAUGAGGAAACAAAAAGAGGGUGCUGUGGAACUGGACUCAUAGAAGCAGGACCAAUCUGUAAUGUGUUAACACCAACUUGUCAUGAGGCUUCAAAGUAUAUGUUCUGGGACAGCAUACACCCAAGUGAAGCUACUUACAAGUACCUUGCUCAAUACCUAAAAGAAGAAGUUCUUCCCAAGCUUACUACCAAUCAUUCCCAAAACAUUGCCCAUGUCCAUGAUUACUUUGUUGAAAUAGGGAAAAAAAAUUAAUAGAAACUAAUAAAAAUAGCUUGAUAAGAAAGUUGUAUCAGAU